CAACUCAAGUUAAUGGCUAAUCCUGGGGCAGCUUCUGCAGAAGGUGGAAGUUCAGCUGUGCAUGGGCUGUGAGGAGCCCUUGCGGGGGUGGGAGCCUGCCCACCCCCUCUGCACUGCACACCAGAACAGUGUGGGGAGAUACCAGCAUGAAUGGGGGCCACCACAGAGCACCUGGUGCCAGGAGCCCUGCACUGGCAUCUUGUUCCCUGCAGAACAUGUGCUCCUGGCUGCUGAGCUGUUGCUUGGCACUUCAGCACCUGGCUGUGCAAGCCUCCUUGCUCUGCAUCUUCCACCUCUUCCUGCUGCCCACCCUGCCUGAGGAGCCGCCCCAUGUGCAGGCCACCAGCGAGCUCCUGGCACGCAGCUUCUUUGCGUGCGGCAUCUCCACAGUGCUGCAGACCACCUUAGGGAGCCGGCUGCCACUGGUUCAAAUUCCAUCCUUCGAGUACCUGGUCCCUGCCAUGGUGCUGAGCUCCCACCUGUCCCUUGGUGCCGGCACAGACAGAAAUGGCACGGCUGUGGCCAGCGCCUGCCCUGCACCACACUGCACCGCUGCAGGGAGCCGGGCUGCCUCGCUGCAAGAGGUCUCUGGAGCCGUGCUGGUCUCUGGGCUGGUUCAGCUGCUGCUGGGAGUGUUGGGUGUGUGCGGGUGGGCAGCGCGGCGCUGCGGGCCCAUGGUCCUGGCCCCCAGCCUCUCCAUUAUUGGGCUGUCUGCAUACAAGGAGGCCGCUUUCUUCUGCUCCACUAACUGGGGGGUAGCACUGCUGCUCAUGCUCCUUGCUGUCAUCUUCUCCCAGCACCUGGGAUCCUGCCGCCUGCCUUUCUGUGCCUGGCCUCAGGCUCAGGGUGGCCCCACUGAGCCAUCCACCCCCACCCCACGCACGUUCUCGGUACUGCUCCCAUUUGCUGGUGUCUGCAUUGUCUGUGCCGUCCUCAGCCACCUCCAUGUCCCAUGGGAAUCACUGGACCCAGCCACAGCACAGCUGUCCUGGGCCAACAGCACCUCCAAUGCCCCUUGGCUUCACAUCCCCUACGCAGGUGAGUGGGGCUGGCCUUUGCUCACCACCCGGGCGCUGGCAGCGGGCAUUGCCAUGGCCAUCAGUUGCAGCAUGAACUCAGUGGGCUGCUAUGUCCUGUGUGGGAAGCUGCUGAGAGCCCCUCGGCUGCCCCCCCAUGCCUGCAACCGAGGGCUCUGCAUGGAGGGGCUGGGCAGCCUCCUAGCAGGGCUGCUGGGCACCCCAGGGGGCACGGCUGCCAGCAUCGCCAACACCUGCGCAGCCGGCCUCACGCAGAUGGAGGGGUCUGAAGAGCUGGAGAGCAGCCUCCUGACACAGCCCUGGGCUUCUGUUUGCUUUGGCGAGUCUGCUUUUCUUGCCAAAGCCUGCUUCAGGGAUACCGGCUACACCCUGCUGAUCUCUGACCUCAGUAGUGUCUGGUAUGAGAGUGCAGACGCUGAGACUGUGGGACAAAGGUCCAAGGAGCUGAACAAGCGGCUGACCGUCCAUGUGUCCUCCUUCCUGCACCGCUUGCGCAACUUGAUGUGCCCCUUGCUGACAGGGCAGCCGGAUGCUGCCACCUCCUUCUCCUGCCACCGUGCUGCCAGCGGGCUCAGCCUGCAUGUGAAGAGUGAGCUCUCGGGACUGCCAUUCUACUGGGACUUCCACUGCUGCCUUGCUCCUGUGGAGAUGGUGUCCCGUCACCUCGUGCGACCCCUGAUUCAGAUGAGCCUGGUGCUGCAGUACCAGGUGCAAGAGCUGACCUCCCUGCUGCUCCAAAAGGAUGCUGAGAUCGAAGACUACAGGGAGAGUGGGGCUGCUCUCAGCAGAGACCGUCUGCAGACAAAACCCUUCCAGGAGGAGAUGUUUCAGCAGAACUUCAUGGCUGAGACCCUGCCCCAGAUCUGCAGUGUGGGAGGGGGGCAGGCAUUCCCCUCUGCUCUGCAGCAGCUCUACAUGGCGGUGACACAGCAGGAGGCCAAGCAGGCUCGGAAACGGCAGCGCUCAGGGGAUGCUGAGGGCCCAGCGCCUACUGCAGAAACCGCAGGGCAUCCCCAGCUGCCGCCUCCGUCCCAGGAGGAUGAAACAGCAUCUUCCAGUGAGGGAAUCACGUGUCCUCCCCAGCUCAGAAGCCCCGUCUUCCUGCAGCCAAGGCCAAGCCAAAGAAAGCGAAGGGGCUCUUCAGCUGAAAUGUCACUGCCACCCGCCCUGAGGGUCUGUGCUUGCUCCAGCAUCUGAGGCAGUGCAGAGCACCCAUGUGUCCUCUGCCUCCUCUCCUGUGUCUCCUGGCAGACCCUGCAUGGGUCAUGGUCCCCUCAAAGGCGUCUCCAGACAGGGAGAUGGGGUGUAUCCUUACUUCAACAGUGUCUCAGGAACCUCUUUUUUUACUUCUUCCCUGGUGCAGAGCUUGCCCAGGGUGCCUUGUGUUGGAGCCAGGACUGGACCUGGGGGGAAAGAGAGGGAUACUAAUGGGUGGGUGUGGGACAGCCAGGGCUCUGGCAAGGCUGUGGGCUUUGGCUGCUCUCCUGUGGUUUUGCAAUAAAGGGAUGUGUCUGGGUGAGA